AUGCGUUCUCCAGACGAGCGUCCGAAGAAAGAAGACGAUGCUCCGUCGACAGCUAUCGACAUUGAUAGUUCGAUAAAAAGGAGACGCCCGAAGCCGCCAGCGUAUCAGGCAGCAACAGCAGCAGCCUGCCUACGAGAACAAGACAUGCGCCAAAGAGAAGAAGAGAGAUUCAUGAGACCACCUAUGGAAGAACCGGCGGUAGAGAAACCAGCCUUUCAACGUGUUCCCGAUAUGGUUCCUAUCGAAAAAGGGAUUGAUCCAGGUUAUCCUGCUCAACGUAUAGUUAUCAGCAAAUUUAUUGCUGCAGAUAUCCGAACAGCUGUUGUGGAAGAAGAGGUUUGUGUUAUGGAUGCUGUGGCAGAGGUUCUACGUCAAAGCAAAGAGGUUACAUACAAGAUAAUUAUGAAAAUGAUCGCAUUCGAGGAGAAUUACAACGUCUCGAUGUAA